AUGAUUUCACUUCACUUUACCAGUAACUCAACUUUCAGGAACAUUGCCAAGGAGAAUGGGCCUCUAUGGAGGUUUUGCCUUAUUUCUGAGAAACCUGGUGAAAGGCCAAAGUUCAUAGUUCAGGACAGCACCAACUGGGAAAGGAGUGGGAGAGGAUCUGGAGAUGUGAUGAUUAGCGAGUCUGAGUUUGGCUUUUACAGCCUGAUGAUUGUGGAUGGAAAGAAGGACUUCGAGAUACUGAUCUGGAACCUGGACACUGGCGAGCCUGUAAAGAUGAUAGACUGUCAUACAGAUGUCAUCCUCUGCAUGUCCUUUAACACAGACGGAAGCCUGUUCGCUACCACCUGCAAGGACAAGAGGCUAAGAGUGAUUGAGCCACGGGCUGGCAAAGUCCUACAGGAAGCAAAUUGCAAGAAUCACAAAGUGAACCGAGUGGUGAUCCUGGGGAACUCAAAGAGGCUGCUCACCACAGGCAUGUCCAGGUGGAACACCAGGCAGAUGGCCCUCUGGGAUCAGGAAGACUUAUCGAUGCCAAUAAAGGAGGAGGAAAUCGAUGGGCUCUCCGGGCUCUUGUUUCCCUUCUAUGAUGUUGAUACCCACAUGCUUUACUUAGCUGGAAAGGGCGAUGGGAACAUUAGAUAUUAUGAAAUUAGCACGGAGAAACCGUACUUUCACUAUCUGAUGGAAUAUCGUUCCCCUGCUCCACAAAAAGGGAUGGGUGUGAUGCCAAAACAUGGGCUGGAUGUCUCCAUCUGUGAGGUGUUCAGGUUUUAUAAGCUGGUUACGCUGAAAGGAAUAAUUGAACCCAUCUCCAUGAUAGUGCCAAGAAGGUCUGAAACGUACCAAGAGGAUAUCUACCCAAUGACGUCUGGGACUGAACCUGCACUCACAGCAGACGAGUGGCUCAGCGGCAUGAACAGAGAUCCAAUUCUCAUGUCUUUGAAGGAAGGUUACAAAUCAACAAACGUUGCUUUCAAAGUGCCUAAAAAGGACAAGAAGAGUGUCGUUGUAAACGGAAUCGAUCUGUUAGAAAACGUGCCUCCUCGGACGGAGAAUGAGCUCCUUCGAAUGUUCUUCCGUCAGCAAGAUGAGAUCCGGAGACUGAAGGAGGAGUUGACACAGAAAGAUGUGAAAAUACGGCAAUUGGAAUUGGAGCUGAAAAACUUGCGAAACGUCCCAAAGAGCACUUGAGCUGACAGCUACUCCCUCAUCCCUCCUGCAAAUCACUGAAAUACCAUAACCUGCAGGCUAUAAGACCCCCAGUACUAUAGGGCCUGUUUUUAAAAAACGCGCACACAUAGAAUUCUUCCCCACCUUCCCAAAAGACAAGAUAAACUGGAAGUCACAUGUCUUUUUUUUAAAACAAAAAAAUUAUUCAGCUAUGUGCACAACCUAAUGCAAGAUCUGAGAUGGUCUAUGCACUGUAUCCCAGCAGGUACCUGGCGAGCUAAUUUCCUGUUCUCAUUAGCAACUUUGAGACAUAUAUUUAAAACAUUUCUGUGCUAGUGAACUGUUUUACAUUAAAUAUUCCAAGGUGCCUCACAGAUUCCGUCUUUGUGAGCUUUGCCCAUGCAGUUACUAGGGUUAAAGCGAAGUUUUAAUACGUGAACUUAGAACAAGAUCAGGCCAUUUGGUCCAUCAGAUCUACUCCUUGUACAGUCCAUGUAUCACUACCUCAAUCGUGGACUCUCCUGCUCAAUUUAAUCACAGUUGUGUUAGCUCCAUCCCCCAAUAUUAAUCUCUAACUAGUGUAUCAGGGUAAUGACAGUACACAGGCUAAUGAAGGAACAUCGAACGUUGAGUCUGACUGGCUUUCAUACUGAGCUCAUUACUGUCUAAAAUUCAAGUGUCCCUACAAUGGAAAACAGAUUCUCAAGAUCCAGAGUAGUUAUGGCAGCAUUAGAAUGGAAUAUUGUUGCUCCAUCGAGUGAGCACUCUACAAAAUACCUCCCAUCACUUUAUUUCAACUCCAGCUAUGACAGAUAGGAUGUAAGGCCCAGUCUGUUUCCACCUCUGCAAGGCCCAGUCUGACUCUCCAUCUGCAAGGCCCAGUCUGACUCUCCCUCUGUAAAGCCCAGGCUGAUUCUCCCUGUGUAAGUCCCAGUCUGUCUCUUCCUCUGUAAGGCCCAGUCCAAUUCCCUCUUGUUUGGUGAACACACAGCUCCAAACUGCCAACUGUGAGUUUUGCCCGUGCUACUAUUAGUGAUAAAGCGACAUUUUAAAAUAAGAGAACUUGGAUCAGGCACAGGCCAAUAAAUCUACUUACAGUUUGACUUCGAGCACUUUGAAGGCCUUAAGAUUGUCUAGUGUUGGAAGUGGAAAUGUCCAACUAUGAUGCAGUAAAUUGAGAUUGUCCCUAAUGAUGAUGGUAGGUUGGAUGUGCCGUAUCUGAGCUGGGAGCUUGGGAAACAAACAAUGGGUGAAAUGGAGAUGGUGACUCCAGACCUCCCCAGCACAGACAGUCUGUAAACAUUGAGUACAAAAAUAUCUCGCCCCUCACAACUUUAGUGAAUGGGGACCACCAGAUACUGGGGCUCACCACAAAGAUUUUGUGCUGUAGGAAAUUGUUGAAAGGUUUGAUUAUAUAAACUUGAGUUUCCUUUAAAGAGGAUAUUACAGUCCCUUUUAGGGCUUUAGGCCCCAAAUUUAUUACUGCUCUGUGGGCGGUAGAUUCCACUUGAAAUAUAAGUCUGUCUUUUGAAUGAUUGUGUCUGUAGGAACAAGUCAGUUGUAAUAGCAAGUAUGAUCUCAAUGCAAGGGUCUACGCACAUAAAUAUUGGGCAAAAAGGUGAGUUGGGGCAACUGAAAACUACCUAGAACUCCUAUUUUGUCCUUGCCACCUUUGAGAUUGAAUAGAAUAAUGUUUCUUCCAGCUGCCAAUUUCAAGGGUUUUGAAAUGAUCUUGGGCUGUGUCAGUUCCUGUCCCAGUUCACUUGAUCCCUGUUCAACACCAAACUCCUGAGAAGGCCAUUGUGUGGCCAAUGGAAAGACUGAAACUCUGAACGAGGAAGAGGAUGUUGUUUGAGCUUGGUGUCUGAGAUCCAUUGUUGGGGUAGAGUGGAGGGGAUGUUACAGUUCCGUCCAAAGCUGUACUUGAUGAACUUUGACCCUUUUCAUAAGAAAGGGGCCAAUCACGUUGCAGAAUGGGAGAAUGUGCUGUCAAAAUUGUGUUUACAUUUUUUCCACUUUCCUGCAGCAGAUAGUGAAAUCAACAUAGAAAUCACCAUAGAAUCACUACAUUGUGUAAAUGUCCUCAUUCACCUUUCACGGAAUACCUAGGAACAUGUAGCAAGACUAGAGAGCCCUGUUCUGGCUGAUUACAAUACACUACCUCCAACCUUUUCAUCUUCAAUUGGUUUGAAUUAAACACCUGAUCCCAGAUGAAGCCUAAGCUACGAAUGAGAUAAAGUGAACACUAUGAACUAUAUAUUCAUAACUGCUUGAUGGUACAGUUCUUGAAUGUUGUUGAAAAGAAAGACAUGUGACUGAAGCUUUUCCUCUGGAAACAUCAGGACACAUGCAAGAAUGCCAGAUUUCAAGUGUUCACAAUAAUUUAUACUACAGGAGAAAAGAGUGCUAAUGGGCUGACUGAUUGAUUCUGAUUGUUGUGAUUGCUUGAAAUUUGGCAUUCUUGUGUUUGUCUUGAUGAGUACAGGAGAAUAAGAUGCAGUCAACUGUCUCUCUUACAAAAGUUAUGGUAAUUGCAAGAUUUAUUCAACUUCUGAAAAUAAAGGCAGGCCUCUUCCAUACAAUUGAAUUAUUUUGCAAAACACUAUAUAGGAUGGAGCACUAUCACUGAUGCUCUGAUUAGCUUCUUGUUCCCAGACAGACUCUGACUGAACCAUUGGCAAGAUUUCAGCUAACAUCUGACCCCAAUUCCUGAAGAGAUAUUCUUGCACAAAGAGCAUUGGUAACAUAUGGGGAAGAUGCUGAUAUUGUCAAAACGUGGUCCAUGAAAAUAUAACUUGGGGCAGUUAGAAAUGUUAUAACUUAUUAUCAUUGCACAAAGUCAAGAUUUUCCCCUCUCCCUUUCCAACUCCAAGUUGCCAAUCUAGCAGAUAUUUUGAACAAUCACUUGGACGUCAAUUACAUUAGAAUGUGUGAAUUGAAUGGGUGGCUAAAUGUUCCAAACACUAUGAACACCUUGUGACUGCCAAUAUUACAGUCAGUGUGGUGAGCAACCAGAGACAUAAUUAGACUAACACUUUUGCACUUUGCAAACUCCACCACAUUUAACAGGAUUAAGGCACAGAUACAUGCUUGGCAUAACAGACUAGAAUAUUUAUUCAAUACAGUCACAAAUGUGAACAAGUCUGAUAAAUAAUCCAUCAUCAUGUCUCCCCGACAGUCUACAGGAUCUGAGUAUGCCUGCUUGUUAAAUGGGUCUAGUUUUCACUUUUGUGAGAAGGUCAGUGAAGAUCAUACAGUAGAGAGAAAUGAAAAGUGAUUCCAAGAAGGUGUAGCCUGCAUACCCAUCUCUUCCCCCGUAGCCUCGUCACUUUGUUCUAUGGUUUUGAAGACCCACAGAGAAGGUCGGUGAAAGAUCUUUUGCAUUUUCCUGAUCAACCUGUUCACAGAUGCUCUUUUGUACCUCCCUAGCAGGUGGGACUUGAAUCUGGCCUCCUGGCUCAGAUGUAGAGCACUACUGCUGGACCACAAGAGCCCUCCACUUGUUCUUAUACUAUGGUUUCUCAUGGAGUCCUGCAGCUUUUCACAUUGAAUUAAUGUUGAAAUGAAGUCAGUGCUGUCAUUGGAGGCAAGCACAGUAGCAUAGUUAGACAAAGCAAGAUCCUAUGAUCAGCAGUUGAGAUGAAUGAUGGGUAAUUUUAUGUUGGCUGCAGCAGGGAAUGUUGGACAGGAACUUCCUGCUAUAAGUGUUGCCAUGGGGUCUUGUGAGUCUAUCCAGACAGAUGGAGUCUCCAGGGCUAGGAUGUAGUCUUCAGGAAUUCAAGAUUCACCUGCUGUGCAGGCUGUGAAAACCAUUGCCAAAGCAUUUUUAAGAAAAACUAAUGCUUGUUUCCAUUUACUUUAAACACUCAGUUAUAAAGAUAUUGGAGAUGGGACAUGAAAGGUGUGUUUGCUUGAGGGAGCUGGUUGAAGACAGUCCAUUACAUGAAUCAUUCAAGUGGGCAUUCAUUGAUAAUUUGGAUAGAAAAGGCAAGCAAGAGUAUGGAGCGAAGGCAAGAGAUUGGCACUUGGUCAUUGAACUAGUAUAGGCACAAUGGGCCAAACAGCCUCCAUCAGAGCAAUUCUAUGAUUCUGCUCAGGAAUUCCAAUAAGACUUGGCAACCUUUCAGUUUGUGUGUGUGUGUGUGUGUGGUUGCCCCUGGAAAUGAGGAGGAUGCUUACUGCUGUCAGGUAGCUGUGCAUUGAGUCUUGUAAUGCAGGCAGACUGCUGUGCUGUAACGACCACCCAAUCCUGGCUGGCCAGCUGCACACUCUCAUCUAGCCUCCUACAGAAUUUACAGCGUGAUACAGUCUACUUGGUUGCAGUAUUCCACCCUUUCAGUGGCAAUAAAGCCCUGAUGUGGGACCUCACCUGGACCUUCUGGCCCAGAGGAAGGGAUAUUACCCACUGGCACCUGAAGACUUCCUGUUGCCUUUCAAUUUACUGUCCCAUCCAAAAGAUGGCUUGUCCAUCAGAGGACAACUGCUCUCGGUGGCUUCAGCCUAGACCCAGCCGAGACCCAGGCUGAAGCUCUGGAGUGAGGUUUCAUCCCACAAGCUUCAGGUUCCCCACAAUGUGUCAUCUUGUAAAGUGCCAAUGCCAACACACAGCCUCAGCUGUAGGGAGCACAGGCUGACAAUUCCGGCAUGCAGUCUGCUCCAGUAGCUAGUCGUCAAUUUGGUGUUGGUUCACCAAACCAAACACUGGCAAUGGAUCGGAGAAUUACAAAGACAAGGCCAAGGAGGGAAUUAUGGUAUUUGGUUUAGAAGAUUAUAGUCUUUAAGGUACUAGGACCAUGGGUAUGCUGUGCUCAGGAUCAUAUGUGUGAUGGAGGAUCGGUGGGACUAAUUUAGUUUGGGAAAUUUGGUCAGCAUGGACGAGUUGGACAGAAGAGCCUGUUUCUGUGCUGUAUGACUCUCUAACUCCAUAAGCGGCUAGAGGGGGAUUGUAGAGAUUUGGUGCACGUGCUCUGUUGGCGCAGAGCAAAUCUUCGCCUAACCUUCCCUCAGGAGAUUUGUAAUGUGGCAGAGUCAGUGGCAGAGCAGAAGGUAUCACUGUUAUUUCUGGGAUUGAUUUAUUAAUGUGGAAUAGCACAAGCCUUCAGUCCUGUAGCUCAGAGGACAUCUACCCACCUCCAUCUAUCAGUGAAGGCGUGAUUUCCCUUCACUGUUUCAACAGUUCCAAAAUAUCAGAUCGCCCGGAGGAUGUCACCUUGCUGUUCAUUCACAGAUCAAGAGUAAGACUAUGUCUUUGACUCAAACUUUGAGUGAGAAGUUGGGCCUCACAUUUAGUGUCUAUUUCAAAGGGCACUGUCCUAUCUUCAAACAACAUCAGAAUUCCCGUACAUCAAAUGAACAAGUACAUAGAUGAUAAACCACCUUGCAUGUUCCUAUGAAUAUUAAUAGGUAUAUUUUUUCUCCUGUUUUUGACAUUCUCAAAUAUCAGAGGCUGAGCAUGUUUUCUGUGUAUUCCUUGGACAGGUCAUGGCCCUGCAGCUCAGUAAUGGGAAUCUUGACACUGAUUACCCAUAGAGCCAAAGUACAUACAGGAGCCACCAUAUUUAACUGCCUGGUCUGCUCUGGAAUUCAUUCUUAAUUAUGCCAACAGGUGACAGUACACAAAUGUUCCGUGAGCCCAAUAUUAUCGCUGGGAAAAAUUAAACAAUAAUUGUAGAUAUUUUAUAACUGAUCUGUUUUGAUAUGCUCUUACACACCUGUGGAGAUGGUGUGACUUGUAUCCAAGUUCUUCUGGUUCAGCAGUGGGGACGCUGCCACUGUUUCCCCUCGAAACCACAACUGUAUGAACCGAGACAUUAAAAUAUUGAAUGCAGAAAGUAUUUGAAGGGGCAGAGUUAACAUGGCAAAUUCUCUGCUUAUUGGAAAAGAGACUCAGGGCUCAUGUGGUACAGUGGCAAUGUACUGGCCUCUGAGCCAGGAGGCCCAGGUUUAAGUCCCAACUGCUUCAGAGAUGUGUAAUAACUUCUCCGAAUAGAUUGAUUCAGAAAGUAUCUAGAAAAGAGCUUGAAUGCUCAGGAACAUUUCAAAUGAGUUCACUUCCUCAAUGUGUUGAAUGUUACACAAUGAAGCACACGUUUCCAUUUAUAUGGACUUGCUUGAACUCUCUGGAUCAUGGACCUUCUGAACAAAUAGGGGCAAGCUAAUGUUCAAAUGUCAUAACCAGUAAUAAUGAAUUGGCCAACUCUGAGUGAAAGAGCCAGGUUUGAGUCACUUUGACCGUGUCAGUGUAGACCAGGGGAGUCACUCCGCAAUACCCGCCUGUUUCUGAGUUCCUCACCCCCCUCCCCCAACCCCGUGAAAUGUAUUUAUUGCCUUCAAUCUUGAUAUUUCACCUUUUUAUAAAAAGGUGAAGAGAAACCUAAAGAGUAGCAGCUGGCCUGAAGUUAGCAAUUAUACUGUUUGAUACAGAAUUGAAUAAUGCAGGUCAGGAAUGAAUCUACUCCGAUUUUCUGUCUGUACAGAGUUUGCUGUGAAGCAGUUGGGUAUAAUCAGGUGGGUGUGUGCAUUAAUAGGGCUACAGGCAAUAAUUAAAAUGGGAUCAGAAUAGUUCCUGCUGAGUACCUGCAGCAUUUUCUGUCGUCAACGCUAACUAUAUCUGAAUAAUAUACAAAAACCUUACACCUGUUAGAAACCUACAAUGUAAAAAUUUGUUUUAUAACAGGAACUGUCUAUGCAAUCUUGUCACAGUGCAAAUGCACCCAGGGUUUAUCAGUGACAGUUCCCAUUAAAGAUAUGGAUAUAGGUAUUCACAAUGGAGGUAUGAAAAUGAAGACAAGAUGGAGACUGAAAUAACCCUGAUCCACUUAUGAUACCUCACUCAUAACCCUCUUCACCCAAAAGCUUGUUUGUGACUGUCAAUGUGACCAACUGACAAUACUAUUUUAAUAAAUGAAUCCACAAAUACUGUAAUGUUGAGGAUUUCUGGCUCAGCUUGAGCUGAUUCUGUAUUUGGCUGUCAGGCUGAGACCAAGGUGUAGUCCCUCUCUGAGCGACUGCCUGGGAGACCACAAGACAUGCUGUGAAACCCACCACCCCAACACAUUGUUACUACACUGUAUCUCACACUCACAAAAUACUGUUCAUAUUCUGUGCUGAGUAACAAUUACGAAUAUGCAGAGAUAAACUGCGAAUGUAGAAAGGUACACACGUAAUAUGCUUUCGAGAAAAUACGGCCAUUAUCUAACUAUGGUUGACACAAUCUCAUUGAUUCAUGGAUAACUUACACUGUCAUCUUGUUUUGCCUGGGCUGAAGAGGUCUGUUUAUCUGUGAAAGUCUAUAUUUUCACUGGAGGAAAUCUGGGGAGAAAUCUAAUUAUUUCAGUCCAUGUGCCAAGCAUCAAGUAUUAAGACUAUUGUUGGGACAGAUAUUUGCUUGGGAGCAGUGAGUUUUGCAGUAAAAUGAAAACUUAGCAGGGAAGUCAUGGUAACAUCGCAAUCCCAGAGUGAUUGUGGUAAAGGAUUAUGAAAAGAAAAACUCUUUUAGCAAAGAAUAGACACUGAAGAAAUAAAUAAAAUAGGCUGAGAUUCCAGGAUCUAAACUAACCAACGCAGGCAACAGAGACAGACUUUCAUAUGAGGUAAUGCUAAUUGGCCAGACUUCGUGGGGGUAGGCAAGUUAGAUAAUGUUGAUGCCUUUUUGGAUAGUGAGGCGAUGAAUUAGCCACCUCUUUGUGAGAAUUGUUCAGAAUAGAUGGUAGUUAAAGACUCUGUGAUAUGUAUGCACUGUACAUUUUAUUUUUGCCUAUGUAUAAUGUUCUACCCUGCCAUCAUUGUGUAAUGUGAAUACUCAUUUCUUCAACUAAUAAAAGUCCUGGUCACUGUGAUUUUACCUUUCUAAAAAUCACAUGAGCGCAUUCAAUAAUAAUAA